AUGGCCGAGGACUACGACUGCGAAUUCGACCCAAGCCUCGGGCAGGAGUUUGAUGGGCUUGGCGAGCCCGGCCUGCCGUCGUUUCUUGAGGAGUCGUUCAUGGAGGCUCAUCAAAACAUGAACGGUAUUCAACACGUGCAGCCGGGAGACAAUGGUGUCCCCGACGCUGGUGGGAACAACACCACGGCAACGGCCUCGACUGCACCCCAGGUUACUGCCGAUCCAGUCUUCCACGACCCGGGUCUCACCCUCCGUGCAUCCCCGGUGUCCCAGAGUCUUAUUGAUCCGGCGCUCCGCGAUCCGAGUCUGGCCCUCCCUGCAGCUCCUGAUCCCCAAGCUUACCAAGUCGCUGUUGAAUCAGGUGGCUGGAAUAACCAAGCCUACGUGGAUCGUGAUCCUCAAGGCCAAGGCAAUAGCACUAACCAAGCACUCACAGAGCAGGAAGCAUACAAGAGCACGCAUGGCCACUCAGCGUAUGCCAUGCCGCCGCCACCACCACCACCACCGAACAAUGUGCCGUCCGCCACGCAUCAGGGUAUGCAGCCGCCGCAGUUUAGGCAACAGCAGCUGCAACAGUUGAAAUUGCUUCGGCAAGCAUAUCAAGUUGUGCAGUCGCAGCAGCCGCAGUUCACGCAAGCCAUGCAACCUAAUAUUACCUGGCAGCCUUUUGUGCCUGGAAACCAUUAUCAACAAAUCGGACAGUCUCAUCAGUCAGUCGGACUGUACGUGCCUCAACAUGGGCAGCCGCUGCAUAAUCUCAACCAGCCCGUGCUGCCUGAUCCACCCGUCCCUGUCUGGCAGCACGCACAGCCGAACCAGCAUUUGAUUCAGCAUAAGAGGAGGCGCAAGGGAUCGCCCGGUAACGAUCCAAGUGGCCGCUACACGAAACCCAGUGGGCUCAGUUCAUGGGACCCACGGGUUGGCAAGGACAAAAAGGAUCGCCUGUUUCAAUACUACCUCCACAGUGCCGAGUUGAGGCCAGGACUCACGUAUACCAGGGAACAACUCGUGAAUUUCUUUCUGGGAACCCAGAACCCAAAUCCCAACCGGCAACUGACGCUGUGGAUCCAGAACACGCCCGCCCAGUCGAACGACCGGUACGCCGCAGGAGGUAACUCAGCCAAAUGCCGAUUUGAAGGCUGCCCGGCGAGACAAAACACCAUCAUGAAAGGCUUCUGGCGUGUGGCUUUUGACGAGUUCUCACACAAGACGGGCAAGUUCAAUGGCAUUGACCCAAUGCAGAACGCGGGCUACAUGCAUUUGCACUGCUUCGAGACCGCCUUUGAUUUGGGUUACCUAAUCCACUACGGUGCUGCUCGUCACGGCUUUAGAAUUGCUGCUGACACCCGCCAGCUCGAAGCUGAGACCAAGAAUCCCAUGUCUAUUACUCGGGAUCAUGGCGAAAUGCUCGAGACCUACAACCAGUGGGUGGAUGGGCAAAGAGCCCGCGCUGACCUUCUUGAAGCCCAAAACUCUGCUCUACCUCAGGAGCAGUGGUAUACGGGAUUCGCGCCUGCUGCCGAUGCGAUCCCCCCUCACCCACAACGGCUUGGAUAUGCGCUGACGGUUACGCAUCUGAACUGCGAAGUUGAAGGCCGGGCCAAAAAUCGGGAGAAGCGCGGUGGCGCCCACAUCGGCUUGCACAUGGGUGACUUGAUCCUACACGAGCAGUUGAAGCGUCAGCACGCUGAAAAGAAACGGCAGGCUCCCCAAGAACCGGAGGCGGAAGAGACUCGCCACGAUAGAUUGAAGGCCGAGCCAGAAGAAAAUACCAUCGUCGCCGCUUCAGGCACCGAGCCGUCCCGCCUCACAGUCCCCAGUGGCGACCCAACACUGCCCGGCCCAGUCACGCGCAAACGCGGCCGCGGCGAGGGCCAGGAUCAGGAAGGCCAGCAGGGAGAGGAGAAUUUACCGGACACGCGCACGCCCAAGCGGGCGCGGCAGGCGGCGGAUCAGAUCAUCGAGCAGCUGUCGAGCCAGCCGCACGUGACGCGGCAGACAACGGCCAUGAUCCAGUCGCGCCUCGGCGAGGAGCCGGCUGUGGUUCGGGACCGGGUGCUGCGCGAGGUGCCGCCCGCGUACCAGCCGCUGUUCGACGACUCGCUCCGCAACGAGCGCCUUGCCGGGCAGAUCUCGAAGCUCGAUUCCGCGCAGCGGAGGGCCGUCGAGCACACGGUCGGGAAGCAGGAGAAGGAGGGGAGGGUGCUGGGGGAGAAGAAGAGGAAGAUUCAAUCCAUGUGA